GCCAUGGCCGCCAUGGCCGCCGGGGAGGAGGUGCUCGCGCUGCAGGCCGAAGUGGCCCUGCGGGAAAAGGAGCUGAGUUCCCUGAAGCAGAGGCUGACGGCGGCCCUCUCGGCGGAGCAGGGCCCGGGGCGGCAGGUUCCGGUGUCGCCGCUGCCGCCGAAGGCCGCGCUGUCCCGGGACGAGAUUCUGCGCUACAGCCGGCAGCUCGUGCUGCCCGAGCUGGGCGUGCAGGGGCAGCUGCGCCUGGCGUCCGCGUCGGUGCUCGUGGUGGGCUGCGGCGGGCUCGGCUGCCCGCUGGCGCAGUACCUGGCCGCGGCCGGCGUGGGCCGCCUGGGCCUUGUGGACUACGACGUCGUGGAAAUGAGCAACCUGGCCCGCCAGGUGCUGCACGGCGAGACGCUCGCCGGCCAGGCCAAGGCCUUCUCGGCCGCCGCCUCGCUGCGCGGCCUCAAUUCGGCGGUGGAGUGCGUGCCCUACGCCCAGGCGCUCACGCCGGCCACGGCGCUGGACCUCGUCCGCCGCUACGACGUGGUGGCCGAUUGCUCGGACAACGUGCCCACUCGCUACCUGGUCAGCGACGCGUGCGUGCUGGCGGGCCGGCCGCUCGUGUCCGCCAGCGCGCUGCGCUUCGAGGGCCAGCUCACAGUCUACCACUAUGACGGGGGGCCUUGCUAUCGCUGCGUGUUCCCCCAGCCGCCCCCCGCCGAGACGGUCACCAACUGUGCGGAUGGCGGGGUGCUCGGGGUCGUGACUGGGGUCCUGGGCUGCCUGCAGGCGCUGGAAGUACUGAAGAUCGCUGCGGGUCUGGGCCCCUCUUACAGUGGCAGCCUGUUGCUUUUUGAUGCCCUGAGAGGGCAGUUCCGCUCUAUUCGGCUGCGGAGCCGCCGGCCUGACUGCGCAGCGUGCGGGGAGCAGCCCACGGUGACUCACCUGCAGGACUACGAAGCCUUCUGUGGCUCCUCAGCCACUGAUAAGUGCCACUCCCUGCAGUUACUGAGUCCAGAGGAACGAGUUUCUGUCAUUGACUAUAAGCGACUUCUGGAUUCUGGGUCUCCCCACCUGCUCCUGGACGUCAGGCCCCAAGUGGAAGUGGACAUCUGUCAUUUGCCUCAUGCCUUGCACAUCCCUUUGAAACAUUUGGAACGGAGGGAUGCAGAGAGCCUGAAACUCUUAGGAGAAACACUCCGGGAAGGCAAGCAGGGCUCACAGGAAGGGGCAGCUCUCCCCAUUUAUGUGAUUUGCAAACUGGGCAAUGACUCCCAGAAGGCCGUGAAGGUCCUGCAAUCCUUGACAGCAGCCCAGGAGUUAGACUGUCUUACAGUUCAGGACGUUGUGGGGGGCCUCAUGGCCUGGGCUGCCAAAGUUGAUGGGUCAUUUCCACAGUACUGAGGUGACUGAUCUGCCCUGAGAAUGAUGUGGAUUGAAUGCCAAGUUGCCCUAAGAUACAUUGUUUUCUUUCCCCCCUGCCCAGUAAUGUACAGGAGUGCCUGGGAUUCUACUGUGCCUGUGAACGCUGGACUCUUGGACUUUUACAUUGUUAUUUAUUGUAUAGCCUAGUUAUUAAUGGCUCGUUAAUAAUGGCUCAUUAAUAACUGCACUGUUUCUGAGAGUUGUCCUCUCAGCUGUUGGAAGGUGUCUUGAACAUGCGAGAUAGAAAAAUCCCAAGACACAGCGGGGGACCUACCCAUCACGAC